UCCCAUAGAGUAUUGCUUGCGGGCGAGCUGGGCUAAGAGCUUUGUCCGUUAGGAGCUGUCUCCGUGGACCUCAUUGCAUACCAAAUCUGUGAUGAACUAAAGGAUACGUCAACCGCACACCCUUACUGCCCUUCCUGAAUCUAUCUCCAUUGCCUGAUGAAUUUGUGUCAGUGACAAGUGUCACAUGUCUAAAUAAAAGACAGAGCAAUGCGUUUCCUUUCACUCUGAUAAUUUACUCACCCUUGUCAUCGACGUUCACUGAGUAUUCGGCUUUCCAUCCAAACCAUACCGUAAGAUUUCACCCCAUUCGUCCUACUAUGACUGUCUGCCUAGUACUCAUAUAGUCCCAACUAACACUACAACAGCCUAAACUCAGAUAAAUGGCUGUUUCUGUCGUUGUCAAGCCCUUGUUCGCGGAGGGAGAGGAAGAAAGGCUCAGAAGUAUCGCCAUAGAGGGACUAGCGGCGAUGUAUGUUGUGAAAAAGAACGAGGAGCGCAUGGAUGCUCGUGUCGGUCUUGUCAGCUUGACGUCGCCAACGCAGGAUCCUUCUCCAGAGACGAUGGCUUCCGGGACGCCGGCAACUAUUGUUGGUAGUCGGGCUCCCUCUCGGGAGAAUACUCGAAGUCCCGUCCCGGAGCGCAUUCGUGGCUUCACUGCUAUCAAUAAACCCUCCGUCCAACAAAGUCGAGAGGUGGGUAGCAACAAUGGUUCACGCCCAGAACCUCGGCACCCGUUGCCAACGGGCAAGCCCAAAAAGCAACAGGAUCAAGAGGUCAACAAAGAAUAUCAAAAACUUCCCUCAGCGCCAGCGGUCAAACCAGCGACUGGAGCAAAAGCCGUCCCAGCCGCGAGAAAGAAGAUGCCGACGAAAUCUACAGCAGCCGCGAACAACAAUACGCGGACCAACGCUGCCAAACCAGCGGAAAAGAAGCCGCAGACGAAGGCCACCAGUGGCGAAAGGGAGAUUUGCAAAUGCUCCAAGUGCGUGGAAAGCAACCCCGAAGGAAUCGAGCAGUGCGCCAAGACGAAAAAGGAGCAUAUUCGCUCCGACAAGGAAAGGGAAAAAGGCGUGAGGCCUCCCAAACCCUGCGAACGUUGUCUCUCCAACAACAAGGGAGAUGAAUGCUUCUACAGCGGAGGCAAAGUCUGCUCGAGGUGUAUGAAGUUGAAGGAGCGGUGCUCCUUGAAUCCGGUUCCAGGGAAAGGAAGGAAGAGAGAUCAGAAUAAAGUGAAGCGGGAGGGUUCCGCCGAGGACAAUGACACGGACGAGGCGGAGAAGGUAUUGGAGGUGGUGGAACCGCCGAAAAAGAAGAGACGUACGAGGGCGAGCAAGAGGAGCUCCCCAGCUGGGCAACGGUCGCCUGUUGGCCCUCCUGCUGGAGGCAUGGCUGAGGAGCUGCCUGUUGCUAGUGGUCGUGAAGGUAGCUCUAGCGAUGAUGGUUCUCGGACCAUUGGUGGGAGUCCGUCUUCAAAUGACGCCACAGCAGGCGAGAGUGGGAAGUCAUUUUCGAGUGAACCAUGCGGUUCUCCACCCGGCAAAGGAAGAGUUCAAGACUCGCCUGAUUCCUAG